GGAAUGAAGCAGAGGCCAAUCACUCUGCGAAACGAAUAAAGGAAGCAAAAUUAGCUUAUUAUUCCUCCAUUAAAAUAUUUCCUUCAAAACCUUCAGAAGUUCGGCCGCACUGUUUUUGGGUUGGUGAAAGAGAGAGAUUCGUCUACCUCUCUUCUCUCUACCCUAAUAGGUUUUCCCUUCCCCAUUUCUUCAAUCUUCCUUUUCACAAAUCCCUUCCUGAAAAACCCCUUUCUCCCACCCACUUUUGCCUUUACUUCAUGCGGCUUUCUAUUCUAUCUCUUCUCUUCCUCGGUUUUUCCGCUCUUCAAAUGGGUGUUCUUUGUUAAUUCCUUUCUUCUUCCCAAUACCCUUUUCACCCUUUUCCAGGAUUUCAAUACGGUUGCCCUUAAUUUCUUCCUAACCCGAUUGUUUCCUCGGUUUUGAUUUAUGGGUAGGAAGGAAUUUCGAGUUUUUGAUGAUUCCAAUCAUGGGUUCUUCACGGUUUCUGGUUUGGGAUCUCAAUGUCGUCUCCAUCAAGAUGAAUCUUUUCUACCUGGUGGCUUAUUUGCAAGCGUGGGGCAGAUGGGUGUUGGCUUUGGAAUUUCUCCAGAUUCUUCCAAUCCUCGCAACAAUGGCGGCAAUAAACUUGCUUACACCGAUUUGUACAUGAAGUACUUAUCUUGGGUGGAGGGUUUUCGGAUUCAUGGGGCUAACGAAGAGGAAGGGGUUGUGAAGAAGAAGAAAGGUGGGCUUAGAUUGAAAGUUAAAGUUGCUAAUCCUUCACUGAGGAGGCUGAUGAGUGGUGCUGUUGCCGGGGCUGUGUCAAGGACUUGCGUGGCGCCAUUGGAGACAAUAAGGACACAUCUAAUGGUGGGGAGUAGUGGAAAUUCUACCACAGAAGUGUUUCAUAAUAUCAUGCAAACUGAUGGGUGGAAGGGGCUGUUUAGGGGAAAUUUUGUUAACAUCAUUCGUGUUGCACCUAGCAAGGCCAUUGAGCUCUUUGUGUAUGACACAGUCAACAAGAAUUUGUCACCUAAACCUGGUGAGCCUUCAAAACUACCUAUUUCUGCCUCAUUUGUUGCUGGGGCCUGUGCAGGAGUUAGCUCAACAUUAUGCACAUAUCCUCUUGAGCUACUCAAGACCCGGUUGACUAUUCAGAGAGAUGCAUACAACGGUCUAUUUGAUGCAUUCUUAAAGAUACUUAAAGAAGAGGGGCCUGCCGAACUCUACAGAGGCCUUGCCCCUAGUCUCAUUGGUGUAAUUCCGUAUUCUGCGACUAAUUAUUUUGCAUAUGACACAUUACGGAAAGCCUAUCGAAAAAUUUGUAAGAAAGAAAGGAUUGGAAACAUUGAAACCCUUUUGAUUGGUUCGGCAGCUGGUGCUUUCUCAAGCAGCGUUACGUUCCCACUCGAAGUAGCACGUAAGCAAAUGCAGGUGGGAGCUUUGAGCGGAAGACAAGUUUACAAGAAUGUCAUCCAUGCACUUGUAAGCAUAUUUGAGAAAGAAGGCAUUCCAGGGCUUUUCAGAGGGCUUGGUCCCAGCUGUAUGAAGUUGGUUCCUGCUGCCGGGAUUUCUUUCAUGUGCUACGAGGCAUGCAAGAGGAUCCUCGUCGAAGACGACGGUGAAGACUGAGGAGUAGACAACUUCUUUAUAUGGCAUGAUAGAGCAAGCAAUUCGUGCUCUGAACUAGAGAGAGGAAACACAGUUUUGUUUUCUGUUUUUUUUUUCUCCCUUUAGCUUUUGUUUUGACCCCACUCCCCCAACUCUUUAACUAGAUUUCCGGUGGUUUGCUAAGAUUCGGUUCAAGGAUCCCCUUAGAAAGGCUAGAGCUGGAUUUUCUUUUUUAAACUAUUUAUUUGGAUAAUUUCUUAUAUGAUACUGUUCUCAUUGUUAGUCAAUGCAUAAGUACUUGUUCUAGUGGAA